UCAUUUUUUGGUCUUAUCAUGGGAGUCUAUCAAGACAUGCUCACAGCACGCCAUGGAACUACAAUGGAGAUCAGUUUUAUCAGAAUCGCUUGGCUGCACCAUCUAUACAUUUUUCUGGUCAUAAGCAAGGACCAAGUGCAUAUCUAAGGUGGGAGGACGACAUGGAGCAAUGGUUUAUAGCUUGGAGAAUUCCAGAGAAGCUAAAGCUAACUUAUGCGAAGGAUACCUUAACCGGAGAGGCAUACAAUUGGUGGAGUCAGCUAGAUGCUGAUAGGAUCUAUUUCAAUGAUCCGGCUUUUACUUGGAAAGAGGUUAAGAUGCUCAUGUAUAGUGAGUUUGUGAAGAAGGCAAAAUACAUUCAGAAGGUGUCCACAAGGAGAUUAAUAAAGCACCAAGUCUUGCAACCCACAGUUCAGAGAGAAGUUGUUUCCCAAAGACAAAGUUCAAGGCCAGUGCAUCCACCUCAAGUCAAACGAAACCAAGGUGAGCACUCUAACUCUUUAAAACCAUCUGAGGUUAUUUGUUAUAGGUGUCAAGGCAAGGGCCAUCUAGCAAAGGAGUGUCCCACAAAACGAGUUGUGAAGUCAGUAGUAUCUGAAGCAAAAGAAACAAACUUGGAGGUAAGUGAUUCCGAUACUAGAAUUGAUGAUUCCUUUUCUAGAAUGGAUAAACAUAUUGAUGAUCUUAUCAACUUGAUUAAAGCUAGAUCUACUUCUGUUUCUAGUAAUUCCAUGACUGUCUUAACACACUUGUCUAGCGCCCAAAAGGUUGAAAGUAUUUCAGGUACUAACAUAGAAAUCAAGGAACAAGAGCCCAACCUUGCUGCGCAAUCAAGUCCAACACUUGAUAAGGUGAUUUCUGAACUUAAAGUGAAUAAUCUUACUUAUCAAAACACUGGUAUGAUGCACUUGCACUCUGUCCAGAAUGUUGAUGAAGGUCUAGGUAAUGAGGAGACACGUACAGAAGCUAAACAACAAGAGAAUAAUGAGCAAUCUACCCUAGAGACCUCUACACCAGCUGAUCAAGCUUUAGAGGUAGUAAAUACCAAAGCUGAAUCAAUGCAAGAUAACCAGGUACAAUGGAGAAGCAUCCAGAACCAAACUCACAACCUUACACCCAAGCAGUGGUCAAUGGAGAAACCAAUUGUGAAAUAGGAGAUUUCGAAAAGGAGACCACGAUCCUUCCAAGGGAAAUCAUAGACCGACCAUGGAAAGGGGGCAUAGCUUCCCUACUGAUCAAAGAAGAACCACCAGAUGGACAAUGCAUCACAAAACCGUGCAUAUACCAAGGUAAGACCCUAGCCUCCCAAAUUAGAAUGAAACCUAACUUGCUCUAUCUUGGUGCAGGUAAAUUGGUUUUGAGGACAAAACCUUUUGAAGAGGGAGGGAAUGAUGAGGACCUAAAGUCAGUAGCUGGACCACCAACUCAUGAGAUCAACCAUACAAGCUACAUUGGAGCCAGCAGCGACAUAGGUGCACUCAAAGAAGGAUAUCUUUGCAACCAUAAGGAAUUUAACCGUGAAACCAGUUUCUAUAGAUUCUCAACUCAACCAGAGCACGCAGCGAAUUGGUUUCAUACCAAAAAGAGUAAUGGUUUAGGAGAUAUGCCAGUUACAAGUCAGACUAUCUACACUGCAUCCGAAUUGGUUCUAAUUAAGGAAAGUAAUUCUUUGCUUAAGGAGUGUGCAACUCAAACUCACGUGUGGAAACCAGGAGAUUAUUCAUUACAUCUAAGAGCAGUGGGAGAGUUUCUACCAUGCACCAGCAGCCACAUGAUCAAGAUGAAUCCCUUAUUUGUCAACUUACCUUACAUGGAUGCAUUCACACUUGGAGUUAUUAAAGACCAACGGCUCUUUCCCCUUCUGUUCAGGCACGACUUAGAGACUAUCCAGACAUCAAAGGAGAUCCCACGGAUGCAUUUAUUUCUGCCCAAACUCACAAGAUACAAGGAGAGAAGACAACUUCCAUACAUGGACAGAUUCUGCACCAACUAAGUCCAACGGCUAGUUUUUCACUUAUUAUUUCUUUCCAAGUUAUUCUUUUAGGCAUUUGUGUUCUUUUCUAUUUAAACAGAGCUAAGUCUCAUUUGUAAAUCACCCUUGCACGAAAUUAAUAAAGUAUUAUUCAGUUUACAAA